AGGACGACGCAUGCGCGGGCAUCGGCGCGGCUUUAAGGGCGGCGGCGGCCGGGACGCCCCAGUUGGCCUGUCAGCCGGCUGCCAGGCACUCCCGGCGCUUGCGCGGCGGGGCCUAUGGCGGCGGAGGAGGAGGCGGUGGACUCGGCCGACACCGGUGAAAGGUCAGGAUGGCUAACUGGUUGGCUCCCCACAUGGUGCCCUACAUCUACACUACACCUUAAAGAAGCUGAAGAGAAGAUGUUAAAAUGUGUCCCUUGCACAUACAAAAAGGAACCUGUUUGUAUAUCUAAUGGAAAUAAAAUAUGGACACUGAAGUUCUCUCAUAAUAUUUCAAAUAAGACUCCGCUUGUCCUUCUCCAUGGUUUUGGAGGAGGUCUUGGGCUUUGGGCACUGAACUUUGGAGAUCUUUGCACCAACAGACCUGUCUAUGCUUUUGACCUACUGGGUUUUGGACGAAGUAGUAGACCCAGGUUUGACAGUGACGCAGAAGAAGUGGAGAAUCAGUUUGUGGAAUCUAUUGAAGAGUGGAGAUGUGCCCUAAGAUUGGACAAAAUGAUCUUGCUUGGGCACAACCUAGGUGGAUUCUUGGCUGCUGCUUACUCACUGAAGUACCCAUCAAGGGUUAAUCAUCUCAUUUUAGUGGAGCCUUGGGGUUUCCCUGAACGACCAGACCUUGCUGAUCAAGACAGACCAAUUCCAGUUUGGAUCAGAGCCUUGGGAGCAAUAUUGACUCCCUUUAACCCUUUAGCUGGCCUAAGGAUUGCAGGACCCUUUGGUUUAAGUCUAGUGCAGCGUUUAAGGCCAGAUUUCAAACGGAAGUAUUCUUCAAUGUUUGAGGACGAUACUGUGACAGAAUACAUCUACCACUGUAAUGUGCAGACUCCAAGUGGUGAGACAGCUUUCAAGAAUAUGACUAUUCCUUAUGGAUGGGCAAAAAGGCCAAUGCUCCAGCGAAUUGGUAAAAUGCACCCUGAAAUUCCAGUUUCAGUGAUCUUUGGCGCCCGAUCCUGCAUAGAUGGCAAUUCUGGCACCAGCAUCCAGUCAUUACGACCACAUUCAUAUGUGAAGACAAUAGCUAUUCUUGGGGCAGGACAUUAUGUAUAUGCAGAUCAACCAGAAGAAUUCAACCAGAAAGUAAAGGAGAUCUGCGACACUGUGGACUGAACACGCUAAAGCUCUUAUGGGAAAACCUGGUGACUGAUACAAUUGUUCAGCAAUAAUGCAUAGUCUAUGCUGAAGAAUAAUGAAUACAACACAAGAACCAGACAGCCUUCUUGAUUAUACUUUGCACGUGUUUUCUUUAUGAACUCACUCGCACAUUUAAACCAGUUAGUGCCUUCUAGAAGAAUGGCUUUCCUUUCUCCUACACAAAAUUGAAAUAUACAAGCCUCUAAAUUUAAUACCUUCAAAUAAAAGGUUAUUUGUCCCUCUGA